GGGAUGCACAGGGGCUUUUCCAGGGAGGGGGGCCUGGCAGUGGAAUCGCUGCCCUUGGCUGGACCCCACGCCUGGCCCGUAAAGGCGAAGGGAAGGAAAUGUUCCUGAUGUGCCUUGGAUCCCUGGAUGUGCUUGUGCCUGGCUCAGCCCCAGCCAGGAGGGCAGCAGUGGCUCGAGGACGGCGGGCACAGGUGGCAGAGAUGGGGGUUGGGAUCAUUUUGGGGAUCAUUUUGGGGAUCAUUUUGGGUCACUCCCCCCACCCUGCAGGUUCCCCCCGUGACUCACAUCCUUCCCCACUCCCACCCCUGCCCCGGGCAGGGCAGCCCCCAGACGCGUCCCUCGUGGGGCCGGAGCCACGCCGGCUUCCUCCCCCCCCGACGGGGUGUCCCUCGGGGGGACGGGGACACGGCGGCGCCCGCGGGCCCUGCGUCAGCACCGCCGGCGGCUCCCAAAAGCGGCGGCGGAGGAAGUGCGAGCGCAGCCCGGCAGCGAUGUCGGAGCUGGAGCGGCUGCGGCAGCGGGACAUCCCCGCGGGCCGGCAGGGCCUGCGGGAGCAGCACGGCAACCUGCACAGGGUGGCCGAGUACUGCGAGAGCAACUACCUGCAGGCCAGCGACAAGCGGAAGGCGCUGGAGGAGACGAUGGCCCUGAGCACCCAGUCCCUGGCCAGUGUCACCUACCAGGUCAGCAGCCUGGCCACCGCCUUCCUGAGGCUGCUGGACCUGCAGGCGGCCCAGCUGCGCCAGGUGGAGGCCGAUGUCACCUGCGUGGCCCAGAGGGUGGACAUCCACAAGGAGAAGGUGUCCCGCCGGGAGAUCGGCUCGCUGACCGUCACCAAGAGGUUCCCGCCCUACCAGAAGAUCGUGGCCCCCCCCAGCCCCCCCAGCCUGGAGCCCUACUACAGGAAACCCCUCAACUUCAGCGUCCUGGACGACAUCGGCCACGGCAUAAAGGACCUCAGCACGCAGCUCUCCCGCACCGGCACCCUGGCAAGGAAGGGCACCAAGUCCUCGGCGCAGGCCGUGGGCACCCUGGGGAGGAGCGCCCGCGUGCCCGAGCCCGUCCAGCCGCCCGUGGUGCCCGAGGGGAAGCUCUCGGCGGCCUCCUCCAGCUCCUCGCUGGCCUCCGUCAGCUCCAGCGGGACCCCGGCAGCUCCUGCUGAAGGAAUCCCGGCCCCGCCACCACUGCCCUCCCUGCCGGGACCACCCGCUCCGGGACCACCCCCCCCGGGACCACCCCCCCCUCCUGGCGCUGCCAUCCCCCCGCCGCCCCCUCUCCCCGGGGCUCCGCUCCCGCCGCCCCCCCCCGAGGACUCGGCCGUGCCCCCCCCGGACCUGCCGCCCCCAGCCCCUGAGGACCUGGAGCCGCUGCCCCCCCCAUCGGCUCUGCCCGACUUGGAGGACUUGGCCCCACCACUGCCACCCCCCCCCUCAGAGGAGCCUUCCUGGGUCCCAGAGAACUACCUGGAGAAAGUGGUGGCCCUGUAUCCCUACACUCGGCAGAAGGACAACGAGCUGUCCCUCCAGCCGGGCGCCCUCCUCUUCGUCAGGCGCCGCUACUCUGACGGCUGGUGCGAGGGUGUGCUGGGGCAGGAGCAGGGAUUCUUCCCCGGGAAUUACGUGGAGCCCUGCUGAGCCCCCGGCCAGGCAGCCCCUGCACCCCCUCCCCUGACCCUGCUGAGCCCCCGGCCAGGCAGCCCCUGCACCCCUGCACCCCAGCCCCCUGCACCCCCUCCCCGGCCCGGCCCCAUCCCGCCCUGCUUCUCCCUGGAAUUCCGGCUUUGCCCGGCUGGGAAGGGGCUCGGGGAGCAGAGGGUGGCACCGCUGGCACUGCUGAGCCCUGGCAGGGCUGCAGCCCCUCUCCCCCAUCCCUUGGGAAUGUUUGGCACCGGGACACUGAGCUGUCCCACCUGGAAGCACAGCAGGUCCCGGGGCUGAUCCCGGAGCUGCUCCUGACCCCUGGGAAGAGCGAGGCCAGCACAGGAUCAGAUCCCAGGAAUGGGAGACUGGGCUGAGCACCCCCAAGGAUGAGGAGGAGAGCGGCUCCAGGAAACCUGCCUGCUGCCCCUUUGGCUUGAGCCACAGGACCCAGACCCCCACCCAGACCCCAAUCCAGACCCCAAUCCAGAGGGAUUCCCUGCUGGUAUUCCCAUUCCCUGACUUCCACCAGCCCAAGGAAGAGAAACAACAUUUCGGUGCAACUCAGAGCUGUUUCACACCCAGGUUUAUGUCCUGGACACAACCAACUUUGUGUCUGCAAUAUAGAGCUCUGUCUCUGUACAUAUA